UCAGCUUUGGUGUAUAAAAGCUUGGAUGCGUAUCUCUGAUGUCAAAAUCAGAACGAUGUUGCUUUGGAUUGUUUUCACUUGCCUUAGUUUUCUGUGUAUCACAGAGUCGAACAUAUUGUCUCCCCUGACUGAUGGUGAAAUACAGAAUGUCACAAGUCUGGCGGGCGUGGACUUGGAUAACAGAAACAUCGACGUCUUCAGACAAUUACUAAACCAGGAGACACUGAUCAGAAUUGCGCUGGUUAAAAAUGUCCACUCGCUUAUGAAAGACAUGGUGGAUCUAAAACAAAAUAUGGGGACCACCACCAGACAACUCCGGAAUGCGGAGAAAGAGAUAGCACAUCUAAAACAAGACGUUAUCUCACUAAAGACCGAGAACCAGAAUCUGAAGGGAAAAGUUUUAAAAUUUCAACAAGGAUUGGAGGUCAUUGACCGCAAUUUCACCCAGGCCGCCAAAAGCCGUAUUGAAUAUGAGAAGGAACUAGAUACGAAAAUGUUAGUAUAUGAGAAGAACACUUCCAAGAUACUGGACGACAUCAAAGUAGAAGUUCGGUAUUUAUCUUUAACGUUGUUAGACCUCAAGGAACACAAUUCGGCUGUGGAAAAAUCUAUCCCGAAACUCGUAGAAAAUAAGUUCACACUUUUGUCCGAAAGAAUGAAUGAUUCGCUCGUGUGGAUGAAGGGCAGUCUUCUCUCUUCCAACAAAAAUCAUAAACAAUUGUCGAAAAACUUAUCUGACGUGGAAAAUUAUCAGUCCAGUAUAAUGAAUAUAUUGUCAGAUGACAUUAACAAAACCAUGUAUGGUAUCAAAGCGGAAGUUGAACAAUCCAAGAAUGAUCAGUUAAAACUGUCGUCUGCUGUGUCGUCAUUGGAGGUUUUUAGACUGAAUAUGUCUUUAAAUAGCUGUGGCGGGAAAGCAGCUCCUGUAGGAUUUACUGUGGGCGUGACGAGCUCCUCAUCUUCCUGGACUGGUAGUACCUUGGUGUUUCCUCACGUUGUUUAUAAUGGUGGAAAUGGAUAUAAUCCCAGCACCGGGAUAUUUACCUCACCCACGGACGGGACAUACGUGUUCUUUGUCAAAGUUAAUGUGUAUGGUAGUAAUUAUCUAUACUUAGAUAUUGUUCUUAAUGGGAACUCAAAAGUUAGAUCAAUGUCACAUAAUUCUGCACAGUACAUGACGGGAACAAACCUGGCCGUGCUUAGGUUAAACAAAGGGGACAGAGUUUGGGUCAAACGAUACAGCGGAACAGGAUACUAUUCCGACUCUGUGCCCAUAACAACAUUUUCUGGUUUCCUUCUCUGGUGACAAUAGACACAAAUAUACAGUAAUCAACAUACAUUCAUAAUCAUUAUCAACGUGGAAACAAAACAGUCAUAUUGCAGAGUCUAACAUUUUGUCAUCAUAUUUAGUGUUUCCUUGACAGUUUACAAAGUCAACCCACAAUGGUAAAUUCAUUUAUCAGCACUCUAUGUAUAUACUAGUCUAAUAUGAAAUAAGUGUUUUAAACAAAUAUCCACGAAAGAGACACCCGAUGAUUGAACUUCUUAAAAUGUAUAACCAUGACAGAACGCCAAGAAUACGAACAAGAAAUGUGGACAAUGCCAACUCGGCUGGGCAGCAGUACAUCUGUGGAAUGACUUUUCAGAUGAGACCAAACUAAAAGAAUUAAAACCUCCUGAUAAAACUAAAACUCAUUUUUAUGGAUGGGCUAUUUGGAUUGUUACAUGUACAACGCACCGCUGUUUUAUUGUCAUCCAUUGGGCUCUUCUCUGACUAUGUUUAUAUUCACUGUGUGCUCUGCUUCAUUUCUGUUGAAACAAGUUGCUUGUUAUUUGUAAAUAUGAAGAAACAUUUUAUUUCAAUCUACUCGGAUUCUGUUUUAGUGCCGUCUUUCCGAGAGUGAAAUUUACACAUUCCACGAACUCGGCGAUCUAUUUCGCGGCAUUGAUGCAAUCGUAGAAAAAUAUGUUUUCUGUUUAUUUGAAUUCGGAAUAAUAAACAACGCUGACCUAUAUCA